UACGAAGCUUAGUGUAGUACGUGAAAAUAAGUUAUGCACUAAUUGCCUACGGUUCGGUCAUAAUAUAGAUUCAUGUAGGUUCGGGCCGUGUAAAAUAUGUUCGAAAAAACAUAACUCAUUAAUUCACAGCGACGAAUCAGCUGAUUGCUCCGUGAACUUGAACUCCGUUGUUCAGGAACCGGUUCAACGCGCCGCCGCCGCCGCCCUGUCGGUGCCUGAAAACAAUAUGACGUCACCGGCCGGUCCCGCUAGUCCAUCUAUAAUCGUAAACAAAGCACACAUGCAAGAUUUUCACGCGCACACGAACACCAUGUCUUCACAACAGGUUCUCUUAUCUACUGCGUUAGUUGAAAUUAUUGACAAAAAUGGCGAAUCACAUACGGCUUGCGCAUUACUUGAUAGUGGCAGCCAGCGAUGUUUUGUUACUAAACAAUUAUGCGAUUCAUUAAACGCUAUAACUAUACAGUCCACUCACGAAAUUCGAGGGGUAGGUAAUUCGGUGACUCAAUGUUCAGAAACGUGUGACAUUGAGUUAAAAUCGCGCAUCAAUACCUACACCACGCGCAUCAAUUGUUAUGUGCUACCGCAGAUAACAUCCACCAUGCCGCGUGUCUUAUGUAAACAAAGCGUACAUAACGACAUUCCAGACGGCAUCGUAUUAGCAGAUCCUGAAUUCUUAGACUUUAAAACGAUAGACAUUUUAAUAGGCGCAGAUAAGUUUUGGGAUCUCCUUAACGACGGUAAAUUUAGACUAAAAACCGGUCCUUAUUUACAAAGUACAAAAUUAGGUUGGAUAAUUUCAGGCCCCAUCUACAAUUCGCACAGUAGUGGCGGAAUACAAUGUAAUUUUACUCAAUCAAUCGAUAGGCAACUAAGACAGUUCUGGGAGCUUGAGGAGCUGCCCGGGGCGAGCGACACGCGCACGGACGAGGAGCGCGCGUGCGAGGAACAUUUCGUCAACACUACGACGCGCAAUAGUGACGGAAGGUUCUGCGUACGCAUUCCUAUGAAAAAACCGGCUACGACCUUGGGAGACACAUAUUUUCAGGCUGAACGUAGAUUUUUAGCGCUAGAAAAGCGAUUGCAGCGCUCGCCUCAACAUAAAGCGUUAUAUAGCGAUUUUUUACACGAGUAUGAAAGGUUAGGUCAUAUGACUCGCGUAAAUGACUACGGAUAUCCGAAUUACUUCCUAACACACCACGGUGUGUUUCGCGAGCAUAGCACUAGUACGCGAUUAAGGGUAGUUUUCGAGGCUAAUCAACCAUCUUCAACUGGUGUAUCAAUAAAUGAUUUGCAGAUGGUCGGCUCGCCUAUACAGGGUGAUCUAUUUUCGAUUUUGUUGCGCUUCAGACAGCACAAAUACGUUGCGUGUGCUGACAUCGAAAAAAUGUAUCGUCAGUGUCUAGUAGCCGAAGAUCAACGAGAUCUGCAGUUAAUAUUGUGGCGCGAUGACCCGUCACUUCCGCUAGGUGUUUACCGUUUGAACACAAUUACCUAUGGGAUGGCCUCGUCGGCCUUCAUGAGCGUCAGGUGCCUGAAACAAUUAGCCACCGAGUGCAACGACCCCGACGUACAACGGGUUAUUAAUGAGCAUUUUUACGUUGACGACAUGAUUGUAGGAUUAGACGACAAAGAACAGCUCAUACGGCUGUGUAAGAAUACGGCCGCGACGUUGCAAUCAGGCUGUUUUCCACUCCGGAAGUGGAUCUUCAACUUUGAUAAUGAAGAUGCAAGUUUAUCUGAAACCUCUAAACAAUUAUCUUUAGGCGAAAACGCGCAAUCUAAAACGUUAGGUUUAGGUUGGUUUAAUUCAGCAGACGAACUUCAUUUCAGCACUCAGGUCAAAGGUGAUGACGAGAUGAUAACAAAGCGGACCAUCUUAUCAAAAACCUCUCAAAUAUUCGACGCAUUAGGUUUUCUCAGCCCCGUCAUUAUUAGCGCAAAAAUUCUUCUUCAAAAAUUAUGGUUAUUGAAGUUAGAUUGGAACGACGCGGUGCCGAGUGAUAUCGCGCGACUUUGGAGCCGGUUUGUUACUUCAUUAUCGUCACUCGGACGAAUUCGAAUCCCGCGCUGCUCGAUAGGAAGCCGGCCUGUCAACUACGAGCUACACAUAUUCACAGAUGCGUCACAGGCGGCUUUCGGCAGUAGCGCCUAUAUUCGCACAAUAAACGAUGAUAACACGGUACAGGUUCGACUGUUAUGUUCUAAGGGCCGAGUAGCACCGCUAAAACCUACAAGUAUCCCGCGACUCGAGCUGUGUGGUGCAUUGUUAGGGGCUAGGCUGUAUAAUAAGAUACGCGAAUCUCUUCGUUGUCAGUUUAGCUACACAAUGUGUUGGACGGAUUCUACCAUUGUACUAGGAUGGUUACGUAUGGCACCUAGUCUACUUAAAACGUUCGUACAAAACCGAGUAGUAGAAAUACACGAGUUGACAAAGGACACCCGGUGGCGGCACGUCAGCGGCACCGACAACCCCGCUGACCUGGUGUCACGCGGCGUCGCCCUCGAGGUCCUCGCCUCCUCCGGGCUAUGGUGGGAGGGGCCGCAGUUUCUACACGACCCUAACUUUGCGUGCGGCGACGUGCCUGUAGGAACAUGGUCUAAACAAAACGUAGAAUUGCCUGAAGUUAAGUCCGUUGUCACUUCAUGCACUAACAACGUAUCACCUAUAGAAUCCAGCGUUUUUCCAUUUCAUAGGUUUUCACAAUACAUGCGUAUGAAGCGCGCUGCCGCGUACAUGUUACGUUUCAUUCACAAUGCGCGUAGUAAGCUAAAUAAACGUACAGGAAAUCUAACCGUAGACGAAUUACGCGAGUCGGAAAUUAUGCUAAUUAGGUGGUCUCAACAAGAAUCAUACGCGAAAGAAUAUGAGUCAUUAACAAAAAAUAACCGCCUUAGUAAGAAAAAUAAUCUAUCAAAAUUAAAUUUGUUUCUUGACGAUAACAAAAUAAUGCGCAUCAGUGGUAGAUUAUAUAACUCAACCGAAUUCGAUUACAACAAAAAACACCCUAUACUAAUUUCUAGUAAACAUCACCUAGCAUUGUUAUUGUUUCGACACGAGCACCGCCAGCUGAUGCACUGUGGGCCGCAGGCGUUGCUGUUCCACGUGCGCGCGGCGUGGUGGCCCGUGGCCGCGCGCGCGCUCGCUCGCGCCGUGGUGCACGCGUGCGUCACCUGCAGACGGGUCCGGGGGCGCACGCUCACCCCACUAAUGGGUAAUCUACCUAAAGAAAGGAUAACUGCAACUUACCCUUUCAUGCGAUGCGGAGUAGAUUACGCCGGGCCAGUGUCCGUAUUGAAUCGAAAAGGCAGAGGCGCGAAAUUAACUAAGGGCUAUAUUUGUUUAUUUAUCUGCUUUGUCACGCGCGCAGUUCAUUUAGAACUAGUAAGUGACCUCACCACAGACGCGUACCUACUAGCAUUAAAGCGUUUUAUUUCACGUCGUUCUAAGCCAACAGAAAUAUAUUCAGACAAUGCGACUAAUUUCGUAGGUUUAAAAAACGAAUUUUCUAAAUUUUUAGAUUCCUGUAGCAAGGACAUUAUUGAUUACGCAACCAGUCAGCAAAUAAAAUUCUCUUUCAUUCCCCCUCACGCUCCGCACAUGGGUGGUCUUUGGGAACGUGGAGUACGAAGUUGUAAAUACCAUCUACGCCGAGUAGUUGGCAAUGUAAACUUAACAUUCGAAGAGUUUAGCACGUUAUUAGCGCAAAUAGAAGCUAUCCUCAACUCCCGACCAUUAACACCUAUGUCCACAGAUCCCACUGACUUUCUCCCACUUAGUCCUGCACACUUCUUGGUCGGCCGGAGCCUGACCUCGCCGCUGUUCGACGACUACACCGACAUCCCAGCAACACGGCUCUCACGCUACCAGAGGACGGAGCAGAUCAGACAGCACUUCUGGUCACGAUGGGCUAACGAGUACAUAUCCGAGCUGCAGACCCGCGCUAAAUGGCGAGAGCAUACUGAGGAGCUGAGACCUAACACGAUGGUCAUCAUCAGAGAUAAGAAUCUCCCUCCACUGAAGUGGCAUAUGGGCCGCAUCAUCAAGUCCAUCCGCGGCAAGGACGGCGUCUCCAGGGUGGCCGACAUCCAGACUGCGACGGGAGUGCUGCGGCGCGCAUACACGAGCAUAUGCCCACUCGUCGAGGAAGACGCGAGUCAGCUGUAACACAUUGGAACAACAGUUCCAAGGCGGGGAGGAUGUUCGGGCGCAAAUAAACCGGAACAGCGCCAUCUAGUGGCACGCUCGGUACUACUACAAACACUGCCACCUGAUUGGAUGUAGAUGGCGUGAAGCAUUAUCACUGUGAUUGGUUGAAUUGUUCCCUACCCUAAUUCCUCGAAUAUUGUACAUUGCAAUUAAUUUAUUUAAUCAAUAUACGUUAUAUCAGUAUUCCAAAGCGGUUGUUCCUUAUUUUAAACACCAAAAAUAUAGGACAAAUUCAGUACGCAAAUUAGGCCGC